CAAAGCAGAAGAGAGAAAGAGAGUGAGAGUGAAACAGAGAGAGAGAAAGAGAGAAAGAGAGAGAGCACGAGAGAGAGAUAGAGACAGACAGACAGACAGAGGUCCCUCACAUAUACUUCAGAGCUAUCAGUUAAAAAUGAAUACCAAACAAUUAAUGACUGACUUGUGAAGCUCUGAACUUCAGCUGAACUCCAGGUUCAACUUUUUGGCUCGCUGGAUAAUAUGAUAGCUCGAGAUAUUUCACCUGAACUCAUGGAUCCAAAGAAAUGCUACUAAGAGGACGACAGAGCAGCUAGGGCCUUACCUGAAUGUGUUCAACCAUAAACAACGCUCUUCCCUUUAGUUUCAGGUGUGAGGGACCAGUAAACUCUAACAGACUUCAUGGGGGAGUGUCGAUGUCUAGCACUCACAGAUUCAGUGCAAGUGCCAGGGUCUGGGCCAAUUAUUCUCCUCAGCAAUCAGAGAUGGACUGGACCUGGCAGGAACUAAUGGCAAUCACAGAUCUGCAGGAAUUUGAGGUCCCAAAUGAAAAUCCAUUUGAGGCUGGUUCAUAUCACUCAAUGGAGCCAGUGGUGCAUUAUGGGAGCUGUGGGAUGAACCUGGUAGAACCCAAUCCACCCAUCUGUCAGACGAGCCCUGCUGCUGCAUUUGAAGCUGGGUACGCUGAUGCAAUAUCCCCUUACCAACGCUUGAACCCAAACGUGGAGAUGCACUAUGGACACGGAGGGUGCCAGGUUACCAGACUACCACCAAACGCACCACCUCUUCAACCUCCACUAAUGAGCCUAAUGGAUCCCAUGAACAUGACAAAUACCAAUCAGGGACAAAGGAAACACUGCAACGGAAACCCAGACGAUCUCGAGUCAGACUCUGGGCUUUCUUUGGGUUCAAGCCCACCGCUUGCCUCACCUGAGAACGAAGUCCAUGGGGCGGUUACAUAUUUACCACGAGACGGCUAUACCGAAGGUGACUUAGACGGCAUCGAGGACCCGCGUCACAUGAGACCAAACAUAAACACCCCUAUGGAUUAUUCACAAGCGUUUGGGUCCUAUUCUGGACAUUCCUACUUUCCCGUCGCACCAAACCCACAACCUGCCCAGCAGCAUGUGCAUCAGCAUGCACCAUCCAUGAAACAGCAGUUUUUUCCUGCAACUCUUCACGAGCCCCUUGUAAACCAUGCAAGCACACCGAGAGCAGGCUCUUUUGACUCACCAAACCCCAAAACAAAAGAGGCUGGCGUCUCUAGCCCCCUCACCAGGGACGAGCGGAGAGCAGUUGCACUCCAAAUCCCUUUUCCUCUUGAAAAGAUAAUCAAUCUGCCUGUAGAUGACUUCAAUGAGCUACUAAGCAGACAUGCACUAAACGAUGCCCAGCUCACACUCGUGCGUGACAUCCGCCGUCGCGGCAAGAAUAAAGUUGCGGCGCAGAACUGCCGCAAGAGGAAGCUGGAAAACAUUGUGCACUUGGAACAUGAGCUUGGUCAGCUAAGGGCCCGCAGGGAACAUCUAGCACGAGAGAGGCUAGAGUUCCAACAAAACCUCACCAUGCUGAAGUGUCGUCUCUCCGAGCUUUACGCUAAACUAUUCUCCCAGUUACGGGAUGAGGAAGGACACCCAUAUUCUCUGGAGGACUAUUCGCUCCAACAAAGUAACGAUGGUAACCUUUACCUUCUGCAACGGAACAAUUCAUUGGAUGGGGAAUAAAUGAGGGACUUACCAUGAUUUAAAUUUUUUUUUUUUUUAAAAAUGUGUGUCCUUGAUGUAGCAAACCCCAAAUCAUCCCCCAAAAACCACACAGCAUGCUGGCUAUGUUUCUUAGCAAAAAAUAAAGUGCAAUGCUCAUGAUGCUACGUAUAUAAUAAAGCAUUAACUUAGGAAUCGCGCAUUUUAUCACUUUAAAAAAAACUUUAUUUACAUAUAAAAACUAGUUAAGAGUUCAUUCCCCACAUCAUCCAUUUGGUCCUAAAAAAAAAAAGAAAUUAAAAAUGUUAGCAAGAAAUUAACUAAAUGUCAAUCACAAUGGAGGAAACAAUAAUUACCUUUGGGGUGCCUGAUGAAAACAGGCAAAAAGCAUUCAUUCGGGAUAAUAAAACCUUCGCAUCAAAUUCCUAGAAGGCAGAAAACAAAAUUGCCAGUCAAUACAUAGACAAGACCACUGCAUGCAUUAAUCUGAAGGGACAGACUCGAGUUACACUGUUUAGCAAUGUACAUUUGUUCCAGCUCAUUCUUCUCUCUGUAGUUACUUUCCUGUUUGUUUUUUUAAAUUAGGACACUGAAUGCAAAGUUCAGAAUACUGUACUGCAUCUACAAUGAAUAAAAUGAGUUGUGUCCUGUGGUAA